GUGACAGAAAAGAGAGAUGGAGACAAUGAGUGAGGACAGAGAAAACGAGAAACAGGAAAACUCUACUGAAGAACCACCAAAGACCAUACCGAGUCAGUGUACAGAGACUCAGCAGCUAACGUCUCGACUCAUGAUAGAGAAAAGUGUGGAGGAAAUGGUGUCUGAGAUAAAUACCAAGAGGACUAGAGACCAGGUUCUUCUACAGAACUUCAAGCAGGAUCUGGAGGCUUGGAGUGGUUCUGCCCAUGCAGCCAUUGAGGCUGCAGUAUAUGACAAGACAGUAAAAAGCAGUAAAGUCAUUGACGAUAAACUGACUGAGUUAUUUGAGGCCCUUGGCAGGAUCAGGAAACUGCAGGAAGAAAUGGAG